AUGCCUACAACACCAACACCUACCGUCAACAAACACAAGAACAACAAUAGCAGCGGCAACAUCAACAACAACAACAACAAUCAUGGCUAUAUGGGUAGUGGACUAAACAGCAGUGGAGGAGGAGGUUCUAGUAACAACAACAAUAAUAAUAAUAACAAUAACAAGACAAAGAAGAAGUCAAACAGAGACAGUCUGACAUCGUCGUCAUCAUCAAAGUAUAGCAAUCAUUCACCACCCAAUCACAAUCACUCUGAUGAGGAGAAUAACAGUGCUGACGAGUAUGAGCCACAGAACAAACGUACAUAUCACUCAAACAAUGGAUACAGUGGUAGUAACAGUAACAGUAGCAUCAAUAACAACAACAACAACAGCGUCAACAAUAUCAACAACAACCUAAACAACAACAACAACAACAACAACAUGUUUGACGAACGAUUGUUUGAAGAGGUGAUUAGGAUAAAGAAGGGAUUCAUACUUAGGAAGAUGAAAGAGGAUGGCAACUGUCUGUUCAGAGCAAUUGCCGAUCAGAUAUACGGUGAUCAAGAGAUGCAUAACGUCAUUCGUGAGAAAUGUAUGGACUACAUGCAACAGGAGCGUGAUCACUUCUCACAGUUCAUCACGGAGGACUUUGACAGUUACCUGCGCCGGAAACGAAAUGAUAAGAUGUACGGCAACAAUACAGAGAUGCAAGCGUUGGCAGAAUUGUUCAACCGACCCAUCGAGGUCUAUCAUCGAAGUCUGGAACCAAUCAACAUAUUCCACAGCGGCUAUCGAGGCAACAGUCCACUCAGACUGAGCUACAAGAACGGAAAUCACUACGACUCUCUGUCCGACAUCAACAAUCCCUCAGUCGGUGUUGGUCUUGGCUUUCCAGAUUUCCAUCCAGGUAUGGCGGACAAACAAAUGCUGGAAAAGGUACUAAAGAACUCGGAUAUGGACUUUGUUGAGAAGAGACUGGUGGAGGAGUCAAUGUUCUCAUCGGAUUGGAAAGAGACAGAGCAUGAGAUUGAACAACAGAUAUUGGCAGCGUCUAGAGCAGAGUUUUUUGAUUCCAUUAUACGUAAUCUGGGUACGGUCAAGGAUCAUGAUCGCGAUCCUACUCCUACCAAUACAAGUAGAGAUGAAAAUAACAACAACUUCCACUUUGGCAUCAAUAACAACAAUGGUAGACAGCCAGCACCAAGUAACAUUAACAACUAUAACAAUAUUUUUAACAACAACAGUUCUAACAACAACAAUAACAACAACAACAACAAUAAUAAUAAUAAUCACAACAGCAGU